CUGAAUGGCAGCUGGAUCCAAAGGUGUUCAGAGAGAUCGUGGACAGGAGAUUGAUCCUCACUUGCUUAUGGUGACACUCAACCCUGUGCUUUAUACAAAAAACAUCUCUGAAGAUUUCUGCUCAGGCUCCACUUCCAGGUCCUGCCAUCCUCAUGUUCUUCAACCCACAACGGUGACACAAUAAUUUUCUAUUCACCAACUUUGAAGAGUUUGGACCAUCUCUUUCAGGAUCUUCCACUCAAAAGGAUUUCCAGAGGAUUACAAAAGCUGAAUGAUGAAUUCCAGUCUGGGAGAUCUGAAUGUUACAGGGAACUAUUCUAGAUAUAACAAUACCACGGAUUCAUAUGAGGUUACCCCUUCUGAAAUAGGAUGGAUUGCUUUGAUUGGCAUAACUUUAAUAGCCUGUUUUAUUGGAAUUGUGGGCAAUGGCUACAUCAUCUGGCUACUUGGCUUCCAGAUUAAAAGAAACUGUUUCACCACAUUCAUCUUUAACUUGGCUAUUGCAGACUUUGGAUACCUCGCAUCUAUAGUUAUAUGUAUUAUCCAUCACUUUACCUAUUUUGAAGAAAGCGGAAUUUUCUUCCAGAUCUGUUUCUAUUUUGCCUACAUGAUGUACAUAAAUGCAAACUUUCUUCUGACCGCCAUCAGCAUUGACCGGUGUGUGGCUGUCCUUUUCCCACUUUGGCAUCGCUGUUCCCGGCCAAAACAUUUGUCCUCCAGAGUCUGUGUUUUCCUCUGGAUCUCUUCUUUCCUCCUGGGUGGAGUUCUGAACAUUGUGAAAAACUUUGGAAAUUACAAUCUGUUCAUUGUCUAUUUCCUUGUGGCAGCUAUAGUUUGCCUUCCGUUGAUCAUGCUUUCCACUGGUAUCCUUUUCAUCAAAGUGUGUCUUAAAUCGAAUCAGAAAAAUAAGAGUCGGCUUUUACUUGUGAUUUUAAUUACUCUGCUCUGUUUCCUUAUCCUUGGUUUUCCAUUAAAUGCCAUUGUGGUGAUUGUUAAAUUUUCUGGCACAGAUGACAGUAAAAUCGAAUAUUGGAUUCUUUGUACUAUGCUAUUUUCCUACCUAAACAGCAGCAUUAAUCCAGUGAUCUAUUUUCUAGUUGGGAGGAAAAAAGGGGCUCAGUCCAAGGAGAGCAUGAAGGUCCUUUUGCAAAACGUCUUCAAAGAAGGUGAAGCUACCAGAGGGAGAUAGAAGAGCUCAAAUCAUCUUACAAGGCCUCUGGGCUUCCUUCUGAGUAGCAAUGAGCAACAACAUUGCUACUGGAAGUUGUAAUCUCAUAGGUGGGACCAAAUCUUUUUCAGUAUAUUGGCUCUUUCAUCUGAAUACAUAUAGAAAGGGUUGCAUUUUAAGAGAAGGCCAAAUCAGUCCACAACUAAUGGUGUGCAAGAAGUGAACUGCCUGGGGUGGGUGAAAUACUCAAUUUAUUUGCUUUUUACAAAGACAGGGAAAGCACAAACCGCACCCGCUGCUUCCAGAUGUCGCUUAAAAGCAAUUCAUUCAUGAAAUGAAGCAACAGUGUGCAAAAUUAUAAUAGAAUCAAUUUAGAAAGCAGUUCACAUUCAGUCAUGAACGCUAAGGUUUUAACCUGUCACUAAAAAGAAGAAGAACAAGAGAGACCAUUUUCAAGCAUGGUCUAUGCCUUAGGAGCAACAGAAGAGAAAAAUGGGUCACAGGCAAAAUCUUAAAUCCCCAGGACAGUAAGAAAGGAUGGAAAGAUGGCUACUUAAGCAGGAGGUGUGUACAAAAACAUCCUUAGCAAUUCUACAAAUCAACAUCAUUAUUAUUAUUAUUAUUAUUAUUAAC